AUGCGAUCCGCUUACGAAUCUCUCGCCAGUGUUAUGCGCACCGCGGAUGAGGAAAAGGAUCCAGUACUGAAAAGAAGUUCGAUCCUCCGUGUCCUCAACAACUUGCGUGUUCUUUUUGAAUGGGAAUCGACGACGGAUGCAUCGGUGCUGAAUAUAAAGCAUUUUGGAUUGUAUCCUGAUGCUGCUAUUGGUGUUCUCUUCACUAAUCUCCUCUACGCUGUCUUAAAUGCAGCGGAAGAAAGUGUUGAGAUUGGUGAAGCUCAAGUAGCAAUGGAUUUGGUACUAGCUGUGGCUCGUCUGAUUGAAGUGACGGCACCUCACUCAAAUCAGAAGAUUGAGGGCGCCGUGCAUCGUCUAGUGAAGAUGCAAAUUCGCUACGCUUACAAGUUGAUGAUCCAGCUUGCUUCUUUACAACGAAUUGCUUCUGUCAAUCGUUGGCCGUGUCCUCUUUUGCGAGGCUAUGAGAAACUCUUCCUCGUAUCGUUUCUCACAUGCUGUAUUCAGGAUGCCAAGGCAUUGUUCGGUGAUUCUGAUGACCUUGUAGCAUGGAAGUACGAAUCAACGGAGCGAGCCAGUAAACUUUUUGAAGUUGAAGAAGCUCAGAAAGAGUCCUUCCUGGAUGCUAUACAAUCUAUGCCUCUUGGAAAACGACCAAAUCAGCUGGCUCACUCAGGAACAAUUGGAAAAGGCGCUCGUCAUCUACAGAAAGUCCCUCUCCCUAGCGAGGAUGCUCUUCACCGUGCCCAUGUUUUCUUAGAUGCGAUGAGGACCACAUGUCUAGCUAAUUCAAGGGAGUCUAACCUAGAAGUUUGUAAACUAGUGGCUGACGUUAUGACUGAAGCCUUAUGUCACGAUGCUCUUGGAGGCGACUUCCUGUUCCAGGAUUGGGAUAUUGAGAAGGACUUUGUCUCCAGGUACCUGGAAAUAUCGAAACGCCUUGAUUCCAGUUGGAUUAGUCAAGGCUUGAUGGAAGUUGUAGCAGAAAAUCCACCAUGUCUAUGGUUUAUGCUUCCUGUAAUUAAAGCUGAACUUGCUACCAUAAUGGCUAAAUUCGAAAAUGUUGUGGAUAAGUCACGGCCUCCAACUGAAGAGAUGCUAGAUCGCUUUGAUAAGUGGUUGUAUAUAGUGAGGAAAGGAGACAUUCUCUCAGAACGGUUUGAGUUGACAAUGGAGAUGAUUUCUUAUGUUUCAUGCUAUGAAGGAUUCUUACUUCUCAUCGAAAUUUGGAGACAUUUCCAAGUAAGGCCGUUGCGUGCUUCAUACAGCAGCAUUCAAGCUGGUUCACAACGCUAUUCUCAAGGGAGAAGACGCCAGAUUACAUAUCACUAUGGAUGGAAACACGGAGAUAUACCGGUUAAUUCUGCAAAAGAACAUAGGAGAUUUGGGUCAUUUAUUCCCGUUUGUUAUGUGUUUC